AUGGCUUCGUUCUUUCAACCGCCAGCGUCCGGCGACCCGGCCCUCGAGAACUGUGAUACCUCCGGAUUCGAGAUCUAUUGCAACAGUAUCGUCAAGGCCGAUCGCAGAUUCAAGCACUGGUACCAGAUCCUCGUGAUAGCAGUCGCCGCUGCCGCCUUCUCCCUCCCCAUCCUCUCCUGGGUGAUAGAACGUAUCCUCAUAUAUCUCGACAACAGAAAGAGGCCCCAACCAAAGGUCGUCGAUGAUGUCGUACAACGCCGCGGAGACUCGCCGGGCCUACCCCUCCAAGACCACUUACCGAAACCGAUCACUUCCUUCUGCUAUGUGCAAGGCGAGGACGAGGUGCGGGCCCCCAUCAAUGAGCACGAUCUUGCUCUGAUCGAAUGGACCGCCGCCAGCCGCGACGAGUCUGCUCCUUGGCGAAAUCACACAAGCCAAGACAACCGUUCGGUCAUGCCCCUGGUAAGGCUUGAUGCUAUCCUCGCCAAGGCCCCCGCCGAGAAGCAAGUCGCAUCCGCUGCCCAGCACCUCGCGACCAUCCACCUCGACUCUGGUGCAGCGUGCUUGGCUCUCCGAAUCGAUUCCUCCGUAACGCCCCAGACCGUCGACGAUCUCGUUUGCGAUCUCCUCCGCCUCAACGUCCCCGUCGUUCUCGUCGCCCCCUUCGAGCUUCCCAAGCUCAAGAACAUCCCUCUCAGCCACGUCCUCGGCCUCAUCAUCGAGAGCGCCUUGAUCCUCCCCAAUGGCCACCGUCGAGACUACUUCAGCGCCGUGCCGCUGCGCAAGAUCAUUUCCACAUGUACGAAGGAGCGGGAGUCGCGACCUGAUUUCUUUGUCGGCUUCAUGGACCUAUGGGAUGAGCGACCUACGGCCGCGGUUGUCAAGCGAGCUGAGAAGCUUGCGAAGCACUUUGGUGCCGUUUUCACCCACCGACCGAGGGAGCCAAUGCAGCUCGGCGACAUGAACCCUCCCGUCCCCGCCGUCACCAUAAACGGUUUCGAGCACCUCCGCCGAUGGGAGAUUACCGAAACGCACAAGUCGUGGUGUCUCGAUGAUAACAAGCCCGUCUCGGUGCGGUCGACCGAUGCACAUGUUGCGAGACUUCCUCUCGCGGGCUUGAAGGAGCUGAUCCCGGAAAUUGACGAGUUGCUGAGACCCGAACCUCUCAACCCGACUCUGGCUGCAGUCGCCUGUGAGAAGCCGCCCCGCAUUCUCCCUCCCAACUAUGUCGACCUGGCGCCGAAGCGUACGAAUAUCUGGACCAUGUCAAGCGGAAUGGAGGAACUCUCUACCCAGGGCUGCUACCCGCUCACCUCGUCGCCCUCUCGCGAGCACUACGCCGCCGUAGUGGAGGAGCAGGUCCACCUCAAGACUCUUCGCCUUUUGCAGCCUGUCAAGGGUGAUUCGAUCCACCGUAUUAUCCAACAGGUUGGCGCUCUGAUUGAUCGUGGUUGCCGACGUAAACAUCUCCUCGAGGGUCUUGUUGAGGGUUUGUCUCAGAGUAAGAUUGGCAUCUUCAAGGGCCUCGACAGCGGUUUCGGUACCCCCUCAGGAGACGGUUACUUUUGGGGUGUCUCACAUGUUCGUAAGGGUUCUUCCGCCGAGUGCAUCGAUAUUUUUGUCUCGCUCAAGGCUCCGAGCGAUACUCCCACUGUUCUUCACACCUGGCUUGCGCACCAUGGCGUGCCCCGCCUCGAGCGGUACAUUAUCGAAUUGGACCUCGAGAGGGUGUGUGAGAAUGAUCCGUCUAUUGAGAUGCCGUCGAGUCUGGCUGUGUCGUUGGAGCGUGCGACAAAUGCCGAAUUGCUCUUCUUCCUCGAACAACUCCGCGUGACCCAAUUCGAGCACGAGUUCCGUAAGCCAAUGAUUGCACUUUGCCGACACCUCCUCAUCGACGAGGCUGAGAGCGAUAAUUGGCGGGGGUUGCAUUCGCUCAACACACUCGCUGGCACGAUUGAUCUUCGGGAACUUUUUGAUACUCGUCUACGCUACUACGCUCGUAAGGGUGCAGUAGAGGUGCCCAACGUUGACAAUCUCCUCCGACUCUACUCCCAGGUCGACAUCCUUUUGAAUGAUGCUCUGUUUUACGGUGACAGGAGGGUUCUUGCCAUUAUCGAUGAGGCCCUUCGAUCGGUUUACAAACUGCAGGGUACGCCCGAGAACACGAUCCCCGCCGAUAUUAACGCCGAUAUGUUCGCGCUCCUCUUCUUCAUCGUUCUCAGGCGGGCGGCCCUCGAGGAUAUUUAUCUCGAGGCUACUGAUCGAUGCCCUUACUUCCUCUCUCAGACCGAUCAGGCGGCCGUCUUUGCCGAGCUCUGGGUCCUGGGAUCCCAGUGCGAGAUCUACUUUGGUAUCCUACCCCGAGACUUGGGUGAGAUCGUUUAUCGGACAUACCACAAGUACCUCGAAGUCAAUGUGCCACCGGCGAAACCCACAGAAUCCAAGGAGCGCGUCAUCACCAUGUAUUGGCCCGUUACCGCUGAGCGUGAACUCGAGAGCAAGGGCAAGCUCCCGUCUGGCUCGUACGCGGCGCCUGUAUCGGAGGAAAACAAGCUUCGACACUGGAAGAAGCGUCUCCAGGAAUUCGGAGCCCUGUCAAUCUUCUGUUUCCCCGCUAUCCUGGAUGUUAUCUUGUUGAGCUUCCUUGGAAGAGGUUUGUUUACUACCGCCUUCAUGGAACCCUCCCACAUUGUCGCCUCUGGCUACGCCGUCUUGAUUUCGCUUCUUCUCGCCGCAGGUGUCACCGGUUGGGUCGGCAGCGUCGGCCACUACUACAUGCCGCACUACGCCUAUGACAACCUCUUGUUCUUCCACGUUCAGAGGCUUUCGGGUGGCUUCAUGCUCUCGUUUACCGUUGCUGCGAUAGGUCUAAUUGCCUUCGCCGUAUCGUACGACAUCUACGUUGGCUUGGUGUUUGCGGCGUACCUGAUCGUCGUUUCCACUUAUCUUACUCUUCUUGGUAUUAUGGCGACGAUGCACCAGCGAGGAAGCCCGCUCCGCUCCGGACGAUUGAUUCUCUGGCGUACCAUUCCAUUCCUCUUCCUCUCUCCUCUCAUCUCUUCCUUCGUGAACGGCCACGACCUCAAGAUCUACCUGCCCAUCUCGUACGCCUUCCUCGUCCUCGUCCUGAUCCAAUACAGGAGUCUUUGUACGGAGUGGUCGGGCUGGAUGUCCAACAUCCCCGAACUCACCGAGCGAGAUAUUGCGGACUGGUACUCUGCGAGGUACUCGAAGGGCGAUCAAGGUAGCGAUAGCGACUCUCUCAUCUCCCGACAAAGCAACUCUGAACACGCAGCCGAGACAGAAUUCCGAAAGACCAUUGAGAUGCACAUGCGUUCUAAAUUCCGGCUUGGUGACAGGCGCAUGGAUCCCGUUGCUGCCCGCAUUGCCAAGGCCAUGCCUUAUAUCAACUGGUUGAUGAUCAAGGAGUACCCCAACGGAGAUAUUCCGCCUGCGUUCAGUGCUGAGUGGUUCAACAAUCUCGGCGAAGCCAAGGCCAAGCAGAAGCAGCUGUGCCGUGGUCUCAAGGAGCACAAUGCGGUACUUCUCUUCCGUGCCUCGCGUUACGAUAUCGGCCAGAACGUGGCCUUGUUCCUGAUCGCUCUAAUGGACCGAUGGACCGCGCUUGUCAUGUCUGGGCGUGAUCCCCAGAUCUCCCUUUAUACCGACUUCCGAUCCCGAUAUGGUCUCUGCCUCUGCAUCAUAUACUUCUGUUUCUCUGUCAUGUCUCUCGAUGCCACUCUUCAAAAUUACUGGCCUGAUCGUUUCAAGUUGUCUGAAGAGAAGAUGGUCGACUUCAACCACACCAAGCACAUCCUGGAGAACUGGGAGAAGAGGCGGUUCAAGGUCUAUUGCACGGCCUUGGUCGAACUGGCCAAGAAGCUCCUCUUUAUUCUUGGCUUCACUACUCUCCUGCUGUGGCUCAUGGUGGACAACCACGAGACCAUUAUUGUCUAUUGGUGCUACAUUUUUGGCUACACCUGCGUCGUCCUCUUCCAGUUCAAUCGUUGCUUCGCCAUCUUCGUGCGAGCUCACGUCACCACCCUCUACUUCUCUGCUCUCUUUGGUCUCAUCGUCGGCUGCAUACUUCAUGCUCUGCCUUGGACCUACACUCUCUUAUACAUUGACAUUCUCGCCAUGUGUACGGCCGCCUUCACUGCCUUUCUCGUCACGUCCAUCUGGGUCUGGAUCGGCUUCCGUCCUCAGAUGUCCCCCAAUAUCGAAGCCUUAUCGCCCAACGCGCAGGAUGGCGGGAUCUGGAAGCAGCCACUCAUCACUGCUCUCAACCGCCGCGCUGGAGGACCCACAGCCCUCGCGAGUUGGAAGUCCCUCGAGUCGAGUCGAACCACUCUUACUCCGUCCUCCGCCGCCACCACGGUCAUUACUCAAACUCUCCAGCAGGUUUCCGACUAUCCUAGCGAGACGACACCCAGCUGGCAGAUGGACAUCGUGCAGCGCGCACGAGACAUGUGGGCCAACCACAACAUCGUUGUCUCGUUCGUUGAUCGCGAAGCCUUUGCCAAUUCUGGCCUUCGUGGUUGCUGCUCUGCCAGCCGGCUCGACUCUCGGGGCCGUCUCGAUAUCAACGUCGGUGUCUUUGGCGCGUCCGAGAUUCGGCUCUCCUCCUGGGCCUCGGUCCAAGGUCGGAUCGCUACCGAGGCCAUCCUCUACCACGUUGCCCGUUCUUGGCGUAACAUUCCACACAAGGAUGCCGUGCUGAUCGAGCACCUGCUUCUCGAGGAGGGUGAGACAAUGUCUCGAAGAAUCAGCUUCGAGAUUGCCAUGCUUGAUCCCGCUUCUUCCCGUAACCUCCACCUCAAGACCAACGCCGAGUUGAUGCGACACUUGUGCCUCGACCUCGAUGUCGACGCCAAGUGGGGCGUCAUCCCCGCACCCGCUCGCGAGGCCAUUCUUUGCCGCAUCCUGGGCGAGACUGUUCCGAUGGCACCCGAGUUUAUCGAGUGGCUGGAGGACCAGAAGGUCGACAUGGGCGCAUGCGACUUCAACGUGCGUCUUUGCUUGUCGAUUUCCCACGAGAGCCAACUGACCCUGGGAACACUCGCGUACCUCUCCGACGAUGCGCCUCGCAUCACCAACCACAUCGAGCCCGACUUGAUGUGUGUGCCAAUGAACGAGGGUCGAGCCUAUCAGAACUGGGUCACUCGUGCCGGGUCGUGGAUUCGGCGGUUCUGUCUCGGAACCGUGCGAUGGAUAGCCGUCGUCUGCGGCGCCGACUCUAACAUCGAGAGAGAGCUAUGGUACAAGCUUAGGCACACCUACCUGCGCACCGUAAUCAUCACGGUUGUCCUUGCCAUCUGGAACCUCUGCCAUAUUGCUCGAAACUCUUGGGUCUUCGCCAUCCUCAUCUACCAUCGCCCGGCCAUCGCCAACAUUGCGCGUCUUGCUCGAAAGGGUGCCGCUCGUGCCAUUAAUGGAAACUCUAUCGUCGUUGAAUUGUCUCGAUCUGCCAUCACCGGCUUCGCAUCUGAGAACGACGAGGGAAUGAUGGUUCUUAACAUCUUUGAUGGAAUCCUGACCGAGCCCCCGGCCAACAAGGAACCUACUUGCCAAGCUCUCUACGACAGCAAGUUCAGGCUUCAGAGACGUGUCAAGAAGGAGGCUAAGGGUACCGCCACCUCCACCUACCGCUACCACGAGCCUAACAGUGACCACCGCUGGCCUACUCAAAAGGUGGAGACUUCGGAGUCGAGGACCAUGACGGGCUACUACGACAAGCACGGCCGCAUCUGCGUCGGUACCCUCCGCCUUGGCAGGACCGAGUUCUCCUUCAGGUACUACUACAAGGCUACUCCUAAAGGCAGCAGCGAUAUUCUUCGCGCGGAUUAUGAGAUUAUCGGAUCCGAUACCCAUGACGGUAUCUAUGCCUACUGGGGUGAGCCGACUCGGGCCAGCUCCAAGGAGUACAAUUGGGUUCCCUCGGAGCGUCUUUGCAGGAUUGUGAGGAAGGUGGACGGAAAGACAUACAUCACCACCCUCGAGUACCAACAUCGUCGUGAUCCCACUAGCGUCACUGUCAUUGAGGGAGACACCGGCACCACUGCCAUCGCCGAGCCCCCGAAGGUGUGCAACGAGGAAGCCCAGCUUCUCCAGCGCCCCAAGGACCACGUGUUCCACUCGGACGAUCUCCUCAUCUACCACGGCAUGUUCCAGCUCAACCGUAUGCGAAAGGCAGCCAAGAGCGCGGGUCCUGCCAAUAAUACUCCGUUCCUUUCGUCUCUCAAACUUACUUCUCUGUUCUCAUGGCACGGUCGCAUUGUCUAUCGCCGGGCUCCUACUUGGCGAGUCAGGACUGAACUCUGGAGCCACUGGUUGAAGACAGGAAACCUUGACGCCAUCACUGCCUGCUGGAUGGAUGAGGAUAUUCUUCGACAGGAGCCUCUUCUCCGCGAGUACUGGAAGCUUCGUGACCGCGGCCGACUCACCGAGGCUCGCGCCGCUCUCGACCGGAACAUUAAUCAGAUCUUUGCCGCUAUCGAGAUCGAGACUGCCGUGUCCGAAGUGUGUCUCCUGCCGAUCAAGACAUCUGAUCUGUACGCCAUGGGUCUCGGCAACGACGCCACUCAGGUCACCACCCGCCCCGAGGACUGCUACCGUGAUACCAAGGACCGUAUCUCCGUCAUAUUCACCGAUAUCGGAUGCUGGCCCGAGGCUCCUGGUGGUGUUUCCAACUGUCGUCGCGAUUUGGUCAACGGUCACUCGACAAUUAGGAACCACGUGCUGGCGGAGAGCGCCAACGAAUACGGUAUUCCUCGCUUCCAGAUUGAAAAGAACGUGCAGUCUCUUAAGCUGCUCCCUCUCUGGGGUCUCGAUGGUCGAUCUGCCCAUCACGGUAUCAUUGACAAUUAUCUCCAGUCUCAAGUCGAUGAGAAGAUUGAGAACACCGAUGACAAGUACGAUAUCGAGCAGACUUUCGUUCCUCUCCUCAAGGCUUUCGUCAAAGGCGCCCGAUCCACUCGCUGUUCGCGCGAAGAGCUCAUCAACUACUCGAACGUGAUUCUCUCCAUCUCCAAGUACUUCGAGUACAAGGACUACAAUCGCACCUGGGAGUCGCCGGAGGUUGAACGCGCUUGGGUCGAGGCGUGGAUGACGCACUACGACGAGGAGAAUGUCAAUAACGUCUCCGACUUCUUCGAGAUUGAGCGACCCAGUCUUUCCGAUCUGCGUGAGGCCCUGGGCAUCUACAAGGCUUACUUCUUUGUCUUCGCCGUCAAGAUUCCCGACGACUGUCCCCGCGUCUUCCAAAGUACCCAUCACGGUAUCGGUUCGCUCUUCGGCAUGAUCCUCAAGUACCGCAAGGGAUCGACGUUCUGUAUUUGGGACCACGCCAUUCUAUGGCGGGAGUGCUGUCUCAACAUUUCGCCCGCGCAGUGCGCCCUGCCAAUCCCCGUCCAGUCUAUUCUUCUCGCUGGUAUCGGUCUCGCUACGAGGCUCGCCUACAUGCAUGCCGACGUGAUUAUGCCCUGCACGUCGCUUUACAAUCCCAUGUGGGAGACUGAGAUCGGUACCGAUCGAGGCCGAAUUGGUAGCCGCAAGCGAUUCAGCCGCAAGAUUGAGCCCAUCGUCAACGGUAUCAGCAACAUGGAUUCCUUCCAACCCGUCGACGAGAUCCGCACCAAGAAACCCACCGUGGUCAUGUUGUCGCACGUCCAGUUCAUCAAGGGCAUCAAGUCUGCCAUCCAGGCUGCCGAUGUCAUCGUCAACCGAUACGGCUUCAAAGAUUAUCAGCUUUGGGUCUACGGUUCCAAGGAUCGUCAGCCUUCGUACUGUGCUGAGAUGGUUCGUUUGAUUGCCGACUGCAAGCUGGGCGACAACGUCGUGCUCAAGGGUUUCGGUAAGCCUCACGAGGUCCUCAAGGAUGCCUGGCUCUUCAUGAACUCGUCCAUUUCGGAAGGUCUUCCUCUCGCUAUUGGUGAGGCGGCCCUUGCUGGUGUUCCUAUCGUGGCCACCGAGGUCGGCGCUACGGCGCUCGUCCUGACCGAGCCCGAAGAGGAGAACACGCGCUACGGUGAGGUCGUGCCGCCCAACGACCCAACGGCUCUCGCCCGCGCCCAGCUCCGCCUCCUCUCCAUGACGGGCCCCUGGACCAAGUACACGGACGAUGGUGAGUCGGUCGAGCUGCCCGAAGAGAUUAGUGCUGCGGAUGUCGAGUGGCUCUCCGUCCGAAUGAGGGAGAAGAUGCAAUAUCGCAGGAAGCUUGGUAUGCUUUCCCGUGGUGUUGUUAUGAAGUGUUUCCACGGUGAGCGAUACCUCCGCGAGCACGAGCAAAUGUACUGGGUGCAGUGGUACCUCUCCAAGAUGCGGGCGAACCCAUCGCUCAACUUCCCCAGCGGAUCGUUUAAGUUUGGUGGCCAGAAAGAGCUGCACUACAUCGAGGAGAAGGUGUCGUCAGGAUCGGACGACGGCAGCAGUGAGGACGAUGAGCGCGAGGCGGCCGAGAAGGUACUAAAGUGGCAGGACUUUGACCGCCACGCGCUUCUCGCCGCGGAGAAGAAGAUGAACCGCAACAGGCUGAGCAAAUCGAGGCCUUCGUCAGCGGGUUCCGGGGCGACGGAUAGGGAUUCCCUGUGGAACAGGAUAAGUCGGAACAGGCCGGCGCCACCACAGCCUAUCUGGAAUACGGGUGAUGGACGAGUAUCCAGAGCCUGGUCCGAGACGGCAUAA